UUCUGUCAGAACCGAAGAAGAAGGCUCAUGGAGCACUUUCCAAUCGUGGAAAUGCCGCUUUGCGGUGGAGAAGCCUGAAGUCAGAGGCAGCAUCUCGUGCUUGUCAUUCAAUUGAAGCGCCUAAAGGGAUUUACGCAUGACUUUUAUUUUAAAAAGGAGCGGAUUAUGACAGAGGAGAAAAGCAAACGGGAUAUUCAUCAAGGAAAACUAAACAUUCGUGGCUCUGAUACAUUCGUCAACAUCCACGUACAGGUAACGUUAGAUGAACAAUGUAUGACCUGACUGCCCAAGUCACCAGCAGCUUGCUGCCUUUCCCGGGAGUGACUAUAGAUGCUAUCGGGGAGGAUGAGAUCACCUUAGACUCUGUGCUACAUGGGAAAUUUACUGUUGGCCGCAACGGGCUGGCCUGGCUGGCCUGUGGCCCCCAUCUGGAGGUUGUCCAUGCAGUGACCGGAGAACGGCUGUCUGCCUACUGCUUCAGUGGUGGAGGCGAGCACCCCCCCGGUGUCCUUGCUUCUAGGGACUUUAGCUGGCUCAAACGGUCUGGAUUACUAGUUGGCCUGGAGGAAACCGAGGGCAGCGUGCUAUGUCUUUAUGAUUUAGGACUGUCAAGGGUGGUCAAAGCUGUGGUUAUACCAGGCAGGAUUACAGCUAUUGAGCCGUUAGUGAGUUAUGGCGGAGCAAGCACGUUGACCCAGCAUCUUCACCAGAGUCUGCGCUGGUUCUUUGGCAUUGCCGCCGUGGUAACGGAUCUCGGUCAUGUUCUGCUUGUGGACCUCUGUCUUGAUGAUUUGUCCUGCAGCCAAAGUGAACUGGAGGCUUCAGACUUGCAGGUAGUGACCAAAUCUCCUGCAGAGAUCCCCAGGCUGAGAGAAGUCAGCACCAGACAGGGCAGACAUCUUUGUCUCCAGCUGAAUGGGCCUAGUGGAGUUGGAGCCACAGCUCUGCAGUACAUCUCAAGGACCAACCAGCUGGCAGUGGGAUUUUCAGAUGGAUAUUUACAGCUGUGGAACAUGAAGACUUUAAAGAAGGAAUUCCACUCCCAGUUAGAGGGUGGCAGGGUGCCUGUGCAUGCCUUCACCUUCCAAGAGCCAGAAAAUGACCCUAGGAACUGUUGCUACCUCUGGGCAGUCCAGUCUUCUCAGGACCUUGAGGGAGAUAUGGUCAGCCUCCGCCUGCUUCAACUGGCCUUCAGUGAAAGGAAGUGUCUAGCUUCUGGGAAGAUCCUCUAUGAGGGUCUGGAGUACUGUGAGGAACGGUACAGCCAGGAGUUAAGUGGCACAGCUUUCCCUCUCAGAACCCAGGCCACCAACACCCGCCUGCUGAGUUGUCAGACCAUCGAGAAGUUCCGACCCCAUCCCGACAGGGAUGACAGCAUGAACGAAGUUGCAUCUCCAGACACAAGUGUGUCCAUCUUCAGCUGGCAAGUCAAGGCCUAUGGUCAGGGAACCCCAUCUACCUACAUCGGGGUUUUUGACAUUAAUCGUUGGUACCACGCACAGAUGCCAGACUCUUUGAGAACUGGAGAGUCUCUGCAAAAUUGUCCCUACCUGGCAGUUUGGUCUCUGGACUGCGUAGUGCAGAUGUUGUCUCAACACGUCCUCCUGGAUGUGCUGGUGCAUGACCGCAGCCUGAGCAGGGGCCUGCCCUUCACCUGCCCCCCACCAGAACAGUACUUUAACCCCACCACAUAUAACUUUGAUGCUACAUGCUUGCUCAAUUCUGGAAUUGUGCACUUAACCUGCUCUGGGUAUCAGAAAGAGACCCUGAGCUUUUUGAAGAAAGCUGCUCCUUGUUCCAGUGAAAUCAUCUCUACUAGCUACUCUCGCUGCCUCAUGUCCGGCCUGCUCUCAUCUCGCAUUGCGGACAGCCAGGCCUCCAGCCUCUCUCAGGAGCAGCAGCUGGAUGCCAUCUUGUCCACAGCAGUUGAGACCAGCUCCUUGGGACUGAUCACUGGCUGUAUCAAGCAGUGGACUGCUGAAGAACAACCUGGCUCUGCCCUGAACCUGCGCUACAUCCUGGAUUGGGCCUGGAACAAAGUGGUCCAGACCAAGGAGGAACUGGAUGGCAUCUGUGCACCACUCUUUGACAGCUCAUCCAACUUCACAGACCCUCAGACCAUGCAACUGCUACAACACAGCCAGAGACUGCUCAGUAACCUCAGUACUAUCUUCCAAUGUCUGCUCAGCGAAGCUCAGGAGCUCACACAAAAAGGCCUGGUGGGUUUGAUCAACAAAAACAUGGUGUCCAGUCUGAUUUCCAAAUACGCUCAGGUGGUCCUCUGGUUCUGUCGUACUGGUCUACUGCCUGAAGGAUCAGAUGACGAUGCUCUCCAGAUCUCCAGGCCUUUCUACACUCACUCAGUCAUCAGCAACUACUAUACUAUACGCAGAGAGGAGCUCACCAGGCUGGCUAAGGGGAAGUGGUGUGCAGACUGCCUGAUGAUUGACGGUUUGGUCGGACAAUGUGGCGAACGCUUGACCAACCUGUGGAAGAGGGACGAGAAUGGGACGGGGCAAUACCCACCACCUACACUGCACGCCUUGUUGGACAUUUACCUUCUGGACCACAUUGAUGACGCUGCCAAACAUGCAAUUGUGAUUUACCUGUUGCUGGAUGUUAUGUACUCCUUCCCCAAUAAGGAGGGUGCAUCAGUGGAGUCUUUCCCCCCAGCUUUUGCCAUCCCUAUUGGACUGGUGAAACUAGUACAAGGCCUCUGGCUGCUAGACCAUCAUGACCACCAGAGUUCAUUUGAGUUGCUCCUGCAUCCCGCUGCCUCUCAGUGUCAGUUUGACUGGCAGCACGAACGAGUCCUGCAGGCGCUGAUGUGCCAGGGCCAACAUGCAGUAGCUCUUCGAUACUUCCAAGUUACAAAGCCCCCGAUUUCCUCCACCACCCAGGCUAAACUCUGCCUUUCUGUACUAUUACACAACAAAUGUCUCAUAGAAGCUUGGUCCUUACUUCGGAAGCACUCUAAUCGCCUCAACAGGGGAGAGCUGCUGGGUUUUCUGUAUGAGAGCUGCCAGGAGCUGGGCCUCAUCAAGGAGCUGCUCAAACUGCCCCUGGGCCUCACUGAGCAGGAAUGUUUGGAGAAGUUUCUCCAGGGUACAGGGGGUCUCCAGAACAGAGAACUGCUGAUGGUUCAUUACCUUCAGCAGGCCAACUACAUUCCUGCCCUGCAGCUUAACCACAGCCUCAAAAUGAACCUGGUGAAUGAGCGGGACCCAAAGCUUAAAGAACGGUCCAACAACAGGAACUUGAUCUUGGAUCAGUAUGGCAAGGUUUUGCCGAGAGUCCAGAGGAAACUGGCUAUGGAGAGAGCAAAGCCCUACCAGCAUCCAUAUGCCAUCCACAGAGAAGUUUCUCGGCCACAGCCACUGUCAACCAUUACCAAACGCUCCGUCAGUGAGAAGGUGAUGUCAAGGGCCGGCUUCAUCAACAAUCUCAUGACCAAGAUUGAGGAGGUGUGGUUAGGCAAAGGGGCUACACCACAGUCCUCCCCAGCCAAGAGCUCCAGUGCUGCUGAUGUUCAGAGCCCCAAGUCCUCCUCCUUGGCCCAUUCUGAGCCCUUCCUGGGAACUCCUAUUACCAUGAUCACCAAGCGGAAGUCAAGGCUGAUGGACUUGGUGGUUCACCCCUCCUGCCAGACGCCUUGCCCUCUCCUCAGCCCCCCAAGGCCUUCCAGCUCUUGGGUUUCUCCACAGAGCACCAGCAAGGCCCCUGAACUUAGUCUGCUGCAAACACCGCAGGUUGUCAAGCGAGCUCGGGCCUUGGCUGCUUCUGGCCGUGUGUUCUCGGCCUUCACUCCCCAGUCCAUCCUGCGCAGCAGCCUGAGGCCCACACCUGUUGCCACCCCGUCUGCUUCUCCAGGGCGCUCCAUCACCCCACCACUCCGCGGCAAAGAGAGCCGGAUCACCUUUAUUGAGGAGCCAGAAUCUCCUGAAGCGGAGAAGGGCAUCCAGUGGACCAAUGGGAUGGCCGCAGACCGUGAGAUUAGCUUGCUGGCCAGAGUCUCUACGCUAUCCAAGGCCACACAUAAGACAUGGUCUUUACCGCCUGCCGAGGAGGAAGAGGAUGAAGAAGAGGAAGGGGGAUCACUUCAUGUGAAGUUCCUCCCUCCAGAAGAAGGUAUUCCCUCCCCACAGCUAAGAUCUUUUGAGAUAGAGUCAUCCUCAAUCCAUGAAGCCGCUGCAGAAACCAGACCAUCAGAUGCAACACAGCAACAACUUAACCUGAGUUUUGACACCAGCCAGAUAUCUGUCCGUUCAACAGACACCACUCUAGAGUAUUAUGAUGCACAUCUUCCUGGUCACUCAGACGACCAGGAAGGAGAGGAGAUAGUUGCGGUGAACAUCGAAGGCCCAACUGAAAAUCAAGAACCAGCGGAAAAACCUUUACCAACCACUGAGCAAACCCCUCUGCUGUCAUCGGAGGACAUAGAGAGGGUAGAAGAAGACGAAACAUUUAAGGACAAAAUUGCUUUGAAAGAGGAGACUAACAACAUGGAAGAAGUUCAGUCUAAAGAGGAGGAUUCUGUGUCAAGUAGCAAACCGGAAAAUUCUGCAACAUUAAACCAAGAGGAAAUGGCUGGUCACAAUCAAGUUUGUAACCAGAUAACUGAGAGCACGGACUCUGGCGCUGAGGUCCAAUCCCCGGAUCUAACAGUGGGACAAGAUGUCCUGACCGAGACCACUGAAUCCACAGAGUUCACUGACUAUCCGAAACCAUCUGCAGCCAGUGAACCCACAAAUGAACCAGAAGAGGAUCUGGAUCAAUCAACAGAUCUGACAGAGUUUGUGCAAAGGCAUCUGUUUAGCAAAAAUCUGUCAUCUCCGUUCACCCGCUCGGGAAUCCACAACGCCUCACAGACAUCCUUCAACAGUGAGUCACUUUGUGAGGUUGAAGAGGCGGCGCAGGCAGCUGGUGAACCUCCUCCAGCGUUAACCAGCCAAACAUCUACUGCCUCUGUGACUUCCUCAGAGCCAACUGGCACAGACUCCCACUCUGUUGUUAGUGUUAAUGAUAGUGAAGAACUUUCUAGCCCUAUGUCGGAGGAGGAGGAGGAAGAAGAGGAUGAGGAGGAGGAGGAGUCUGAUCAAGCUGAGGAGGAAAAUGAAGAGGAGGACUCUGGUAGUGAGGUGGAGAUCAUUGAGGAGGUCCAGGGUAAUGGGAGGCUGCCACCCCUUCAACCCAGUUCAGUCUUUGUACAACAGGGACACGCACACCUCCUGCCAAGUCUGUCAGAGCAGGAGGCUGUAGAGUUCUCUCUGAUCUCACCCGGUGCAGAGAUAAAGAUGGUAGAGGAGGACAUAGAGGGUGAGGUGGUGAUGGUGAGACUCGGGGAAGAAGAAGAGCUGAAGGCAGAUGAGGAUGAAGAGCAAGGAUCAUCAUACGUGGAGCUCAAACCCUCUAGCACAAUCCUGGUACCCCUGGAGCUUGUGGAGGGGCAAGGCGGCCUGCUCGAUAGUUCUCAGCUGGGUCCUCCUGAGAUUCAGCAAAGCAUGCCAGACGAUCCGAGGUCUAAAACUCACAGCGGCUUUUCUCUGAUGCUGGAUAUGGAUGAGGACGUGGAUAAAGACGCAGACACGCUGCCUAUGGAGAAUGAUCUGCAGUCCUCCGACCCUCCCACCCUGUUUCCAGCAGUGGAGGCUAUUGACAAACGUGUGGCCAAACAUGAAGUUAUACUUUUGGGGACAGAUGACCAGGAGCCUUCUCUGUCUGGAGAAGUCCACGAAGAAGACCAGAGAAAAGAAAUGGACACCUUGGAUGGAAUUGAGGUAAAUGGGCCGAGAGAGUCAGAACUUGUAAAAUUUGCCAACCCACAAACUGAAAACACAGCGGCAAACCAUGAGACAAUAGAUGAUAAAGAACAGAGUGAUGCAGAGUUAGUAAUGUCGGUUGAAGACAAUGAACCAGAAGGUCUUUCAGCCUCUGGAGCAAGUCCAGGAAAAGAACUCCCUGCUGGGAUGUUAGCUGAAGACCAUGCACCAGAAGGUCUUUCUGCCUCCCGACCAAGUCCAGGAGAAGAACUCCCUGCUAGGAUGUUAGCUGAAGGCCAUGAACCAGAAGGUCUUUCAGCCUCUGAACCAAGUCCAGGAGAAGAACUUCCUGCUGGGAUGUUAGCUGAAGCCCAUGAACCUGAAUGUCUUUCAGCCUCUGAACCAAGUCCAGGAGAAGAACUCCCAGCUGGGAUGUUAGCUGAAGACCAUGAACCACAAAGUCUUUUAUUCUCUGAACCAAGUCCAGGAGAAGAACUCCCAGCUGUAAUAUUAGUUAAAGACAAUGAACCAGAAGGUUUGUCAGCCUCUAAACCAAGUCCUGUGGAAGAACUCUCAGCUGUGAUGUUGGCUGAAACUCACGAACCAGAAGGUCUGUCAGCCUCUGGACCAAGUCCAGGGGAACUUCCAGCUGUGAUGUUAGCUGAAGACCAUAAACAGGAAGGUCUUCCCACUUCUGGAUUGAGUCCUGUGGGAGAACUCCCAGCUAUGAUGUUAGCCGAAGACCAUAAACUGGAAGGUCUUUCCGCUUCUGGAUUAAGUCCUGUGGGAGAACUCCCAGCUGCGAUGUCGUCUGAAGACCAUGAACCGGAAGUUCUUUCAGCAUCUGGACCAAGUCCAGUGGGAGAACUCCCAGUCAUAAUGUUAGUUGAAGACCAUAAACCUGCGAGUCCUUUAGUCUUGGGACCAAGUCCAGUGGGAGAACUCCCAGGUGUGAUGUUGGCUGAAGAUCUUGAACCUGCAAGUCCUACCGUCACUGGACCAACUCCAGUGGGAGAACUCCUAGCAGUUGUGCAUAACAAAGACUCUACGGCAGAGAAAUAUGCUGCUCAGGAGGAGAUGGUGGAAGAGGUGGACAAAGCAACACUUGCCGAGGACCAGGAGCAGCCUGAAGAUAACGGGUCGGUUGAUAUGGACAAAGAGAUAACCCACAUCAAUGAGACAGAGACCGUUGUAGAGGAGAAGCAGCAGGACUCCAAAGCCUUAGCAGAAACAGAAGAGGAUAACCGGAAAGAUAAUAAGACAGAAAAAGAAACAAGAAGGAGAACCAGGGGAAGCCUGAGAAAAGUUGUUGAAGAAGAGAAACCUGUGACGCUGGAUUUCAGCUCAAAUAGCCGACCAGAGGAACAGCCUGUGCCAGCAACCCCCACUUCUCAGAGGAAAAAGAAGGCUCCUUCCACCCCAACACGGAGGACCACAAGAGCAAUGACUGUAACCUUUAUCUCUCCCCUCCCAGAGGAGCCAGAGGAGAAUGGGAAAGUGGAGGAGGCAGAAACAAGCACUCUGCUCCCUGCCUCACCUAGUCGUACACCGCAAAAGAGUAAACAGAACAAAGAAACUACAGUCCAGGCUAGUACGCCUCGAAGAAGUACUCGUAAAGCUCAGCCAGAGCCUCCUAAACAAGAGUUGGAAGAGGACGAAGUUCAUGCAACGUCCAAGGUGUCUUCUCCAGCAAGACGGCGCGUGACCCUGACGGCCACCACAACAAGGACCAGCCAAAGGACCCAAAGUGGAGAGGAGGACCAAGAGGAUGAGGUCACAGACGCAAAGGUUUUUCAAAGAACAAGCUUCAAGACUCGCACACCGGCUAAACGCAGGACCACUCAGGGAAACACUCCGAGGAAGUCCAGCAGAAAAUUGACUAGUAGUGAGGUAGUGUCGACACCAUUGAUGAUCUUGGAAGAAGAGAAGGAGCAGUUGGAAGCCUUUGCGUCCCCUGUCAAAGGAAACUCCAGGAAAAGGACCGGAUCAUCAGCGACGCAGCCGGCCCUGCUGAAAGAGGAGAGCAAAACACCUUCCAGCCCCGGCAGGGCAACUCGGCAUUCCAACCGUAUCACCCUAAACAUUUAUCCACAAGUGAAACUGGUUCCUGUGUCCCUUCCUCAGAGUACAAGAAACAAAGACGAGACCAUUGCAAAAAAUAUAAAAGAAAGUGGAGAUCUACUCAAGCCUGAACUUAACAGCAAUGCUGGUUGCACCAACUCCCAUGGGCUAACUAGAAACAAACUCUGGGAUCACGCUGAGGAAGACCUUCCCUUGCUGGACUCGCCGUUGGAGGUGGAUUCUGAAACUCCUGUCGCAGACGCCCUUAUCAGGAGACUUGAGGAAGAGAAGCAGGAAGGAGCAGUAGUCGUCACAAAGAUGCUAAGAACCAGUAGGAGUACGUCGUACGUGCGUAGUAGUAAGUCGUCAGUGGAGCAGGUUAACUCGCUACUUCCUGUGAAGAACAGCGUGGUCCCCGAACCUGAAGAGGACGAGUCUAGUCCAGAAGAGCAUUCAUUCAUCUAUUCCCCUUCACGAAGAAGAACAAGAGCUAAAAGAGCUGAGUCUCCAGGCCCGAGUGAAGAGUCUGCUGCGCCUGUCACUCGCAGCAGCAGAAGAAGAGGUGUCAACGAUGCCUCUGUUACUCCCCAUGAUGAAAUUGCUUCGGAACAUCUUGUGGAAGUGGAGAAAGCAGCAGGCAUUUCUAAGACCAGAAAAGCAGGCAAACGAACAGCCAAAUCCAAAGCCGUUUUGGAGCCGCCUCCCAUAGCAGAGGUGGACCUGAUCUCGCCUCUGCCUAGCCCAGCUGAGCCACGAGCACAGAAGAGAAUUAAGGAGGGAGAGGCUCCGACCUCAAGCAGGAACCUUCGACGCAAACGCAUAAUGGACACCGUUUUCACAAAACCUGUCACACGGAGGAAGAAACUUUAAGGAGGUUGGUGGUGGUUUUAACCAGCGAGCCUCAAACAGCCAAUGGAAGAUUUGAACCAACUCGAUCAGGAGCUGUUAAAUAAAAGUGUAUUCAUAAUCUCAAGAUGGUUCUAAUUCCUCAAAUGCCUCACACUGCUCUUUGUAUAUAAACUUACCUGUAGGACAAUAAAAUAAAAGCAAUGUAGGCAUGAAAAUAUAUUUUUUCAAUGGUGGAUAGCAGUAUGAAAGAGGCAUAUAUUUUUGGAGUUUACACAUCCCACUCACUUCAAUUGAUAUGGUAACAGUGGCCAUUUUGUGUUUGACAAUUUACAACGUCCUUCAUAAACAGCUUAAUUAUUUGAGUACCGAAUGGCACAAGGGAAAGCAAUCAAUGUGGGCUUUUAGAAACUCCCAUUAAUAAAUCCAGACUCUGAACUGAUCCUGCCUCUGAUAAAGUUUUAUUCAAAUUCUCUUAUUUUUUUGGUUUAGUUUUAGCUUUUUUGUUGUUGUAUUUUAAGGCCUGCUGUCUUUUUCUAUUUAAAGAGAAAGCAACCAACCCAGUGGAGAGAAAAUGAUACAUGUGUAUAUAGUCUUUUGCUAUGAUCCAAAUAAAGUUAAUAAAUAAACAAAUCAUAAAGAAUUAUGUUCAUUUUGAAGUUUUAAGUGUCUUGAAUGUGUUUGAUCACCUUAUCAGAUCUUAAAUUUCAGUUGCUUUGGGAUAUUUUCUGUGACAGAGGCAUAGACUCAUACACUAAUGCCAUCACAUCUGGACUGUUGCUGUAUGUACUGUUGUAUAGUGUGAAAGAAACAAAAAGACUUACACAUCAAUUUUGAGUUGUUAAGAUUGUAAUGAGACAUGUUAAUAGGCAGGUUUUAAUUAAAUGUAUGGCAACCACCAUCUGACACAGGCUAUUUUCUGAUGAACCUAUGUAGAAUGUCUUAUUUUUGACGACUGCUCUUUGAUAAAUAUGGUAAAGCUUGAAUACUU